CUUCCGUAAUGGCUGAGCAGUGGAAAAUACGAAAUCGCGUUCGCAAAAUAAAAAAAUUCCAACGUAAAUCUAGCUCAGAGGAUGACAACGAAGACUUAAUAUACACAGUCAAAUGCAAAGGACUAUUGCCUUCAAGAACAACGCAAUGGGAUCUCGCAUGUCUUCACUCUUUAGGCAUCUUUUAUAGUGACAAGUCCACACCACUGUCUGAUUUGCUGGACAGUGUGUAUAGUAAUAUCGGAGUGUUUAAACCAUUAACUGAAAAAGAGAAAGAAUAUACAACAAGUAUACAGGACAGUUUAGAUUUCUCAUUUUCAACCCAGGAAAUGAUAGACUAUUGCAGAAAAUAUAUGAUUUCUCCAAAUGAAGUAAAUCUUAAUGUGGCUGAAAAAGUAAGAAGCAAUUUGGAAAGCGAUAUGUUUACAAAAACUAGGGACACACUUCGACCUUAUACAGUGGGACUGAUAGAACAAUUUAUUAGAAAUGUACACCAUAUAAUACAGAUUAUGAGAUGUAAGCAAGGAUUGUUGAAUGUGCCAGAGAGAGUAUUUGUAAAUUUGUUUUGCAACUUUGUGAAGAUGUGUAACCUGAACCCAAGUGAGGGAUCACUUUGGAAAACAGAUCAAAAUCUUCUUCAACAAAAGGUUUCUUCAGAGGCAGGUGUAGUUAUUUUGCCAUGUAACCUAAUGGAGGCUAAUGAUUAUCAAGCUGUAAAUGUAGUUUCAGUUGUGGAUGUGAUAAAGUUGUCAACUGAAAAUUUAGAUACUUCAGAGAGUCUUUCUUCAUCAUCAUUGUCAGAAUCAUCAGAUAUUAACCGUGAACACAGUGCUUGUCAACCAUCAAUCUAUAGAAGAGUUUGUAAAAAGCUUCUUGGACAACAUGGUGCUGAACUUGUUGUGCACCAUGAGUUGUUUGGAGAAAAAUGUAUUAAAAAUGGGAAAAUAUACCUGAGCGGCAUGAUUGUUGUUGGAACACAGGUAACUUUUACUCUACUAGUGUGUAGUGUUGAUCAUAUGGUAGAUAUUUUGAAUGAAAAAGAUGUAAGAAGUAAGAGAAGUUGUAUUUCAUACUCAGAGCCAAAAGAUUUACUGAUCAAGAAGGACCGUGAUGAGUUGCUGGAGGCAUUUUGGAGAUUGAAUUAUGCUACUGUCUGAGGUGUUAAUUUCCACAUUUUAUGUCCAUGUGAAGUUUUACCUUUACAUGUUAGCUCUUACUGGUACCAUCAUUUAGCGACAAUACUCACAAUUAAAAUUUGUGAAAAUGUUCGCCUCUGAAACCAUUCAGAAUUAGAUUAAACUUAAUCUGAAAUGACUCAUAAGUAUUCUGGUUAGAAAUAUGUCUGACAACUUCAUUCAUCUACCAGUAUGGCAAUAUGGACACAAAUAUUCAUGGUAUACAAAUAUUGAUGAGACAGCACACCAGCAACACAACAAUAACAAGAUAAGGGCUCUAGAACUACAUGGGGUCUUGACAAAUUAAAGUGCCAUAUGUCAAGCUCUAAAUGGCCUGGAUUCUAAGAUAAAUUAUUAUUAGAGACUUUCAAAAUUCAAAUGGUUACUCAUACUUAUUAUAAUUUUUUUUUUUCAUUAAGAUUAUUUUGCCUCAUCCCCUCAGCUGUCAUGCUCCAUUGACUUUGAAACUUUUCAAUAGUUCACAUGUUAAAGUGUUGAAUUGCAACAUUUGCAUUAUGAAAUAAAAAUUCAAAUUACACGCAGGCAAGAUACAUCUCUGUGAAACAAAACCAAAAUUAUGCCAAAAGACCUCAAUCAUUUAAUGAUUAUUGCUGAAAUUGCUUUAAAAAGAAAUAAAUUGCUUUAGAAAUUAUUAUUUGAUAAUUCUUAUAAAUAAUUCAUGUGAAUAAUUACUUACAUAAAACUGCUCCAUUUGUAAGUAUCACAUCCCAGAUGGUUGUCAUCAUAGUACAAAGGAAUCAUAGGAGUUGUGUUGAAAUAUACUUAUCUACUAUAUGAAUAACCCAUAGCUGAGAGGGUGGUAGAGCAAAUUGUUACCCCAAGAAAACAUUGUCAACCGAGGUAAAGCCAAGGUUGACAAUGUUUAUUUGAGGGGUAACAAUCUGCUCUAUCACCCACUCAGCUAUGUGUUAUUUGAUAUAUUAUACUGAAUGCUCUGCCAUUAUUGUGUUUUAAAUUUUAAAUUAAAAGUCAGCUGUUUUCUCAAUAGAAAGUCUCCUUUUAUAGGUUAGACAAAUGACCCUGCAGCUUGGUAAUAAAAAAAAUUGUAUGUUUCAGUAGCAUGAUAAAAUAUAAAUAUAGUAAUGACUUUGUCUUUCUGUCUGUGUGUCUGUAACAAAUGGUUUCCGGAUGGUAACAAAAAUAUCCCUUGCUUGAUAGGAAUGAAACUUAUACAGAUGGAAGAGGAGUAACCCUAUUGAUUUUGGGGGCAAUAAGUCAAAGAUCAAAGUCACUAAAUAAAAAUAGAAAAUUUUAGAAAAAUUGUUUCCAUGGUAACUUGAGUUUCCCUUGCCUGAUUGGAAUGAGACUUGUACAGAUAGAAGAUAUAGGGAAGGGUCAGCAUGUCAAAGUUCAAGGUCACUGCUAAUAAACAUAUUAUUUUUUAAAGUUGGUUUCAGGAUGGUAUCCCACUCUUUUUAGGUACACAUGUAAAUAGGUGAAAAUUUCACACUUUUAUUUGUUCCUCCAAGCAUAAUAGUAUUUUGAUCCCAUGGAAUAAAUGUUUUCUCUCAUUGUAACUAUGCAGAUUGGGGAGCAUUAGUUGGCAGUGCCAGCAUUUUACUUAUUUUUUUUCUGUCAUGUCUGUAUUGUGUAGAAGUGAUUGUUAUGAUUGACACAAUCUGAAAAUUUUAUGUACUUCAACAAUAUUUUCCUGUGUCUGAAUAGGAUAAUUUACUGAUGGUAAAGUGACACCUUUAAUUUAUAUAUUCAUUAAGCUUGCAGAUUAUUCUUAUUAUUUCCAUGUCGGAUAAAUGAUAAAUUAAUAUCUAGAUAUGUACAUAGCCUAUAUGAUUUGCUUGGCACCAUGAUAUAUAGAUUGCAACAAAUAAACCUAUUUCAAUUUA